AAAACCUUAAAAAAAGUAUUCUGUGUCCUUCUCUAUAUCCAAGAACUUCCUAGUCAGUAUCUGGAAAUCCAAAACAUUUUUUAUUUAGCAAUUCGAAAAUAUGCCUAUUGAUUUUCAUCUCUCUGCGAGCGAAGAUGGCAUUCGAAAACAUGCAGCCGCAUUGGCUGCUGGCCCUCUCAAAGAUAUCAAGAGAGUUUAUUCUGCAAAGAAAGAUGAGCAACAAUUUCAAGCACUGAAGCCUUUCUAUAGUGAUAUGGCAGCCGGCGGCAUGAUCAAGGGCUUCAUAGCGUCACAUCUUGGGGGUGCAGCUGGAAGCUUGACUGAAGCAGCUAUCUUAGUUGAAGAGAUGUAUGCCACUGAUCCUUCUGCAUCUUUGACGAUCUAUUCCACUGGGUUGGGCUUGACUCCAUUGAAUUUGACUGGAAAAGAAGAGCACAAAGAAUUCUUGGAACCAUUUUUGAAUGGUGAAGGGGCACCACUAGCUAGUUUGGUAUUCUCAGAACCAGGAGGAGUUGCAAACUACUUGGAGAAAGGUGCUCCAGGUCUCAACACAACUGCCACGCUUGACGGUGAUGAAUGGGUACUUAAUGGAGAAAAGGUAUGGAACAUGUGACGGAAAGUUGGCUUAAUACCAGAAGUGAAGCUCAUUUGUAAUAUAGAUGUGGGCAACCAAUUCUGCAGGCUGGGACUUCGAGGGUGCAGACCUUCAAUGUGUAGUCUGCCGCGAUACAGGUAUUACCUCAGACGAACCUGCUGACGCUGUCAUGAUACUUCUUGUGAGCAGGGCAGAUAUUGAACGAAAUGAAAAGGGCGCAUUCAAAACACUCAAGCAUGUUCUAACUACAGGGCACCCUGCUUGUUCUGGUCCACAUAUCAAAUACACCAAUUUAAGAGUUCCUGCAAAGAACGUCCUAUGUCCGGCAGGUGAAGGUGUUCCUGUGGUGUCAAAAUCAUUCGAUUUUUCGGCUAUUUUGGUUGGUGCCAUGAGUGUUAGUGUUAUGCGAGCCGCCUUCGAAGCAGCUUUAGCAUUUGCCAAGGUUGACAAUCGCAGAGGAGCAGAGGAUCUAUUAUCAAGACAAGCAUUCGCCGAUCUCCUGAGUGGUAUCAAGAUGAAGACAGAAGCGUGUAGAGCUUUGACAUGGAAAGCAGCUCAUGCCCUCGAUAAUGGACCAGGUGAUUAUAGUGCCAGGAGUGAAUUGGCAUUAGCGGCCAAGAUCUAUUGCUCGGAAGAGAGCGUUAAAGCAGUCACAGAUGCCAUCAAUGCCGUUGGGGUGUAAGUAGCCAGUCGUACUAUUCCUCUCAAAUUAUGGCAGUCACUAACUACUCAUCAGAACUGCCUACAGCAAUGAGCAGCCCUUUAUAGACCUUUUGAACACGGCCAUCGUUUUACCCAUUUUUGACGGCGGUAAUGUAGGUAUACGUAGAAGGCAUAUACAAGAGUUAAUGGCGUCAAAGUCGUACGAUCCUUGGGCUGCGACCUAUGGUCCUUCUCAUUAGAAAUUCAAAAUUUAGAUAAUUUUGGAAGUAUGAUACCUGAAACGAACUUGCACAUGUGAACCUUUAAACUCAUACCAUACCCGCGACGCAACCGCCGCGAACCGUUGGAAAAUUAGGGUU